AACUCUUCUGACAAUGAGUUACCGCAACUUGGAGAAAAGGAACUGCGUGCAGUACCGCAGACACUUUCUGGUCGAUAACAGUGUGUUCCACGUUGAAAGAUGCAUGAGUGUAAUGCAGUCGGGGACGCAGAUGGUCAAGCUCAAGCGUGGAGCCAAAGGACUGGCACGGCUCUUCUACCUGGAUGAGCACCGGACUCGCCUCCGAUGGCGGCCCUCUAGGAAGAGUGAGAAGGCAAAAAUUCUUAUCGACUCUAUUUACAAAGUCACUGAGGGCCGGCAGUCGGAGAUAUUCCACAGGCAAGCUGAGGGGAACUUUGACCCCAGCUGCUGCUUCACCAUCUACCAUGGCAACCACAUGGAGUCCUUGGACCUCAUCACCUCAAACCCGGAGGAGGCUCGUACCUGGAUUACUGGUCUCAAGUACCUGAUGGCUGGCAUCAGUGAUGAAGACUCCCUGGCCAAAAGGCAGAGAACCCAUGACCAAUGGGUGAAGCAGACUUUUGAGGAAGCCGAUAAGAAUGGUGAUGGCUUAUUGAACAUUGAAGAAAUACACCAACUGAUGCAUAAACUAAAUGUGAAUCUGCCCCGAAGAAAAGUCAGACAAAUGUUUCAGGAAGCUGACACAGACGAGAAUCAGGGAACUUUGACAUUUGAAGAAUUUUGUGUUUUUUACAAAAUGAUGUCUUUGAGACGGGAUCUUUAUUUGUUGCUCUUGAGCUACAGUGACAAGAAAGAUCACCUAACCGUGGAAGAACUGGCUCAGUUCUUGAAGGUGGAGCAGAAGAUGAAUAAUGUGACGACAGACUAUUGUCUUGACAUCAUAAAGAAGUUUGAAGUUUCAGAAGAAAAUAAGGUGAAAAAUGUUCUUGGCAUAGAAGGCUUUACCAACUUCAUGCGCAGUCCUGCCUGCGACGUCUUUAACCCACUGCACCACGAGGUGUACCAAGACAUGGAUCAGCCCCUCUGUAAUUACUACAUUGCUUCCUCCCACAAUACCUACCUGACAGGGGACCAGCUCCUUUCCCAGUCCAAAGUGGAUAUGUAUGCACGGGUGCUACAAGAGGGCUGUCGCUGUGUGGAGGUUGACUGUUGGGAUGGCCCAGAUGGAGAGCCAGUGGUGCACCAUGGCUAUACUCUCACUUCAAAGAUUCUCUUCAGGGAUGUUGUGGAGACCAUUAACAAGCAUGCCUUCGUGAAGAAUGAGUUCCCGGUCAUAUUGUCUAUUGAGAACCACUGCAGUAUUCAGCAGCAAAGGAAGAUUGCUCAGUACCUGAAAGGAAUAUUCCAAGACAAACUGGACCUGUCUUCCAUAGACACAGGAGAGUACAAGCAGCUCCCAAGCCCUCAGAGCUUGAAAGGCAAGAUCCUGGUGAAGGGCAAGAAAUUGCCUUAUCACCUUGGCGAUGAUGCAGAAGAAGGAGAAGUUUCUGAUGAGGACAGUGCAGAUGAAAUUGAGGAUGAGUGCAAGUUCAAACUCCAUUAUAAUAACGGGACCACUGAGCAUCAGGUGGAAUCUUUCAUAAGGAAAAAACUGGAGUCACUGUUAAAAGAAUCUCAGAUUCGAGACAAAGAAGAUCCUGAUAGUUUCACAGUGAGGGCACUGCUGAAGGCCACGCAUGAAGGCUUAAAUGCACACCUGAAGCAGCCUCCAGAAGUGAAGGAAAGUGGAAAGAAAUCCCAUGGACGUUCCCUGAUGACCAACUUUGGAAGACACAAGAAAACCACAAAAUCACGGUGUAAAUCUUACAAUACUGAUGACGAGGAAGACACACAGCAAAAUCCCAGCAAGGAGUGUGGCCAACUGUACAGGUUGGGUCGCAGAAGGAAAACCAUGAAACUCUGCCGAGAACUCUCUGAUUUGGUUGUGUACACAAACUCAGUGGCCGCACAGGACAUCGUGGACGAUGGAACCACAGGGAACGUGUUAUCAUUCAGUGAAACAAGAGCACAUCAAGUGGUUCAGCAGAAAUCAGAGCAGUUCAUGAUUUAUAACCAAAAGCAGCUCACAAGGAUUUACCCGUCAGCCUAUCGCAUUGAUUCCAGUAACUUCAAUCCUCUGCCCUACUGGAAUGCGGGGUGCCAGCUAGUGGCGCUGAACUACCAGUCUGAAGGGCGAAUGAUGCAGUUAAAUCGAGCCAAAUUCAAGACAAACGGCAACUGUGGCUACGUCCUCAAGCCCCAGCAAAUGUGUAAAGGUACUUUCAACCCUUUCUCUGGUGACCCACUUCCUGCUAACCCCAAAAAGCAACUCAUCCUGAAGGUGAUUAGCGGACAGCAGCUCCCCAAACCUCCAGACUCCAUGCUUGGAGACCGAGGCGAGAUUAUUGAUCCUUUUGUUGAAGUUGAAAUCAUUGGAUUACCAGUAGAUUGUUGUAAAGAUCAGACCCGUGUGGUGGAUGACAAUGGCUUUAACCCCGUGUGGGAAGAAACACUGACAUUUACAGUACACAUGCCAGAAAUAGCUUUGGUUCGGUUCCUGGUGUGGGAUCAUGAUCCCAUUGGACGAGACUUUGUUGGACAAAGAACAGUGACCUUCAGCAGCUUAGUGCCUGGUUAUCGCCAUGUCUAUUUGGAAGGCCUGGCAGAAGCAUCCAUAUUUGUCCACAUAACAAUCAAUGAAAUCUAUGGAAAGUGGAGCCCUUUAAUCCUCAACCCCAGUUACACUAUCUUGCACUUUCUAGGAGCUACAAAGAACAGGCAGCUCCAAGGUCUGAAGGGACUGUUCAACAAGAACCCUAGACACGGUUCUUCAGAAAACAGUUCCCAUUAUGUUCGGAAGAGAUCGAUUGGAGAUAGAAUUUUGCGCCGCACAGCCAGUGCUCCAGCCAAAGGCAGGAAAAAGAGCAAAACGGGCUUCCAAGAGAUGAUUGAGAUGAAGGAUUCCGUGUCCGAGGCUGCCAGAGAUCAAGAUGGCGUCCUGAGGAGGACCACGCGGAGUCUGCAGGCGCGCCCUGUGUCCAUGCCUGUGGACAGAAAUUUUCUUGGGGCUUUGUCGCUGCCUGUACCUGAGCCGGCAAGAGACGCCGAAGGGAGAGAAAACGCACUGGCAGAAGAUGAUGGCAGAAGAAAGGGGAAGACAAGUGUAAAAGACUCACAUUUUCCAAAUUUCAACAGAAAGUUGUCCUCCUCCUCCAGUGCUCUCCUCCACAAAGACAGCAGCCAAGGGAACACCACCAUUUCUCCUGCCAGCGGAUCUAUCACGAAACAGAGGGGAGAGCCCGGUCCUGAGGGAGGGAGAAGCCAACCAAAUGUGACAAGAGGUUGCCAGGAGAACCACCGUCCCAAAGAAGCCCUGUCACCAAGGUGGCAUGUGGCUACUAAUCCUGCAGUUGGCCUUCCCCGGGAAUUGCAAGUGGUGAAGAGCCAGCAGAAGGGCAGUGCUGAGGGCCUUGGGGAAGGGGCGAACGUGCUGUCGGGAAGCAUGCUUUCUCAGAGCAAUCUGGAGAUCAAGAACCUGGACGGGAACAGAGAGCAGGGCAGAGCUGCAACCUCCUUCUCUUUGUCAGAUGUCUCCAUGCUCUGUUCUGACAUCCCCGACUUACAUUCUACAGCUAUUCUUCAGGAGAGCGAGGUUUCCCAUCUGAUUGACAAUGUCACCUUAACAAAUGAGAAUGAGCCGGGCAGUUCUAUCUCAGCGCUGAUUGGUCAGUUUGAUGAGACCAACAAUCAGGCUAACUUCACAAUUGUUUCUCAGCUUCCCAGUAGCAGUGUGAUGUCAGGCCAUGGGCCCAUGCCUGCCCUGGGCCCAAGCACACCCUUCAAGCAUGGUUUUUCCAAGGAAAAAUCCAACUUGUCCUUCAUGUGCUCAUCUCCUGAGCUGGGUGAAGGCUUGAAUUCUGGGACCACCAAGCAUGCAGUGCACACAGUUCCUUGUGAAACUACCUGUGCUCCUAUCUCAAAAGCCAAACUAGAUGUUUCUGCAAAGGCCAAGAUAAGGGCUGGGGAAGGUGACACGCCUGAAUCCCCUACUACUUCUUGUGAUUGGGUACCAAGAAGUCCCACCAAAGGAAGGGACUGGCAAAAGGUUAAGGGCUGCAGCCCUGCCACCUCCACUGACCUCACGCUGGACAAUGCAGUAGUUGACCCAACCCUCUGUUUCAAUUCUGGGGAAAGCAGUCUGGUGGAAGUGGAUGGCGAGUUGGAAAAUCAGUCUUGGACAAUCUGUGAACACAAGAGAGAGGGCACAAGCCUACUUGCUUCUCCCUUAAAAUUGAACUGCAGUGAGGAUGUGGCAGAACAUUUUCAAAGAGGCUUGAAAAAUGGCUACUGUCAAGAGACCCUCCACCGUUCUGUCCCAGAAACAUUCCACAAGGUUCAAGUUGUUAAAAAUCAAAGUAUUUCUUGUCUAGCCUAUCAGGGUGCUGGUUUUGUGCUUAACCACUUCUCAAAUUCAGAUGCAAAAACAAACCAGAUCCCUCUGCCCCAGCAGUCUAGUGCUCAAGGUACGCAUGUCCCUGGAGCCGAGCACUCGACACAUCCUCCUCUACCUGCUUUGAAACUACCCAGUCCUUGCAAAUCCAAGAGCCUGGGAGAUUUAACAUCUGAGGACAUUGCCUGCAAUUUUGAGAGCAAAUACCAGUGUAUUAGUAAGAGUUUUGUUACAACUGGUAUUAGCGAAAAGAAAGGCAUGACUGUGAAAACCCAGUCUCUGGAGCCCUUAGAUGCCCUGACUGAGCAGCUUCGGAAACUGGUGUCUUUUGACCAGGAGGAUGGCUGCCAAGUACUGUAUUCAAAGCAGGAUGCCAGUCAGUUUCCCAGGGCACUGGUCAGAAAGUUGUCAUCGAGAAGUCAGAGCAGGGUACGCAACAUUGCCAGCCGUGCUAGGGAGAAGCAGGAAGCCAACAAGAACAAAGUUGUGAACCCCGGCAACGGGACACGGGUGGUCUUUAGAAACAAGCCCUCAGUGCCGGCCCCAGCUGUGAACCGCCACUCCACUGGCUCCUACAUCGCAGGCUACCUGCAGCCUGAGAAGGGCAGCCUUGAAGGCCGAGGCAUGCCAGAGGGGGCAUGCGCAGCCCUUCGCUAUGGCUAUGCUGACCAGUUUUGUUCAGAUCAUUCUGUUUUGCAGACUGAGCCAAGCAUUGAUGAUAAACCAGAAAUUUAUUUUCUUUUGAGACUGUGA